AAGCCUAUAGAUUAGCACAUCUAACAGGGAGUUAGUCAACUCUUUCACUUCUCUCUCCACUAUGCUCUACACACACAAGAUUAACAGUCUAAACAGUGGGGAUGUGUAUCUGGUAAAUGUCCAUUGUGAUGUAAAGGAGAAGGACCAGGAGAAGAAGGAGUCCGACCAGGCCAUUUGGCUGGACUUGGUGAUGGAAACGAGACCAGAACAACAGACCACAUUGUUUGAAAACGACUCCUCGAGAAAGGAGACCUACAAGCAAAAACAGGUGGUUAUUUUCUUGGUCCAGAGAAACCCCAGUCAGAGGAUCAAGAUGGGCACAAGGGGUGGGAUGCUGAAGGAGUACCAGCUGCCGUACAAGAACGCCCUCCGUGUGCCCAUCUUCACUCCCAGCAAAGCCGCCUCACCCAAAGACCUGUACAGAUCUCCCUCUCCAUCAGAGUACAAGUCUAUCAUGGAGUUUGAGACGAUCGCCAAAGGAGUAUGUUCAGAUAAACAGGAGAUUUUUGAAAUCACUAAGGACUUGCCUAAAGUCUCCCAACCUAACCAUGUUAACUUCAGGGCAUCUAGUCUUAUAUCCCCAACACGUGACUUUUCACACUCCUUCAGGGGUUGAAAGGAAGAAUGAAUGCAGGACGUUGGAGGUCAAAUCAGAGGAAAUUAUAUCAGCAAUGUGUAAAUGGGCAAAGGAAAAGGUGAAGGGAAUGAUUAAUUUCUUUAUAAAGAGACUUUUAACAUAAUUCUGGCUGUGAAAGUUGUGUUGAGGGAGCUGUUAACAUGUGGAAAGGAUA